AUCAUCCCACCGUUUACCAAAAAAACCUUUACUAGUUACAUUUACUAGACACUAUACACACACUCUCACACCAAUCUAUGUUAUAUUUUUGUCAUUCUGUCACGCACCCACACUCCUCUUUCUCAACCCAUCACCCUUCUCACCUCUCCUUACAGAUUACCUAAAAAACACCAUGGCUGCUGCUUUUGCCCUUGCCCUACUUCUCUUCUCCCUCACCGCCAUUCCUUCAAGUGCUAAUUGGUGCGUUUGCAAAGAUGGAAGUGACGCAGUGUUGCAGAAAACCUUGGACUAUGCUUGUGGAGCUGGAGCUGACUGUAACCCUCUCCAUCAAAACGCACCUUGUUUCCAACCAAACACUGUCAGAGCUCACUGCAGCUACGCUGUGAAUAGCUACUUCCAGAAGAAAGGUCAAGCACCAGGGACUUGUGACUUUGCAGGAACAGCCACUCCUGUUGCAUCUGACCCAAGUGUUAGUGGCUGUGUCUUCCCUUCAAGUGCCAGUGGUGCAGGCACUAGCACAACAACCCCAUCAACAGGCACCACUACACCCUCCAUGGGAACCGGCACCCCUUCGACAAGUACCGGCACUGGCACCAGCAGCGGUAUGGGCACUGGAACUGGUACCGGCACUGGCACUGGUACUAGCACCGGCACUGGCACUGGCACGGGCACUACUCCAUACAACACAUCUCCGGGAGUGUUAGGAGGUAUUGGAACUGGUAUGGGGCCAUCUGGAUCUGGAGGAAUGAAUGAUGAUAGUCAUGGUGGGAAUAGACUCUUGGACACUAGUUUCUUAUCAAUUCCACUUUUCUCUAUUUUCAUAAUGUUUUGGUAGGGUUAAAAAGUUUAUAUGUCAGUGUAUGAAUGGGUGUUAUUUUCUAGGUAUUAUUGAACACUGAGAUGUUACUAGUUUUUUUGGUUUAUUUUUCUCUCCACCUAAUUCUGCCGGUUCUUGUGUUGGCUUUAAAAAGAUGGGCAGUUGAUUAAUUAAUUAAUUUUGAUGAGUACUCUUGUUAAGGUCCCCAGUCAGUACAUAGAGUUUUAAUCUUGUCAUUUCAAGGACCUUACUUUGUAAUCCUCUUGUAUCCAUCAAAGUGUUGGAACUUUGGAGUUAACUAAAAAAAGACUUGGAUCUAUCUUAAAUAUUAAAA